AUAGUCGUAUUGAUUAGCUAAAACUUAAUAUUAAUCUUUUGAAAAGUCAGUAUACAUUUACACUAUUUUUAGGUUGUAGAAUGUAUUGAUGGUAAAACAUUGAUCUUCUUUUUCUUCGGAAUUUCUCGCGGUAUUUUUAAGCGGCAAUUCAAAUUUGAUUAAUUUUUUUUAUCUCUCCUUUAAUUUAUAUUAUAAAGUUACUUGAUAAAUUACUAGUUAAAUUUGUAAUUCAUAUUAUUUUAAGAAAAUGAUAAACAAAAAUAGGAUUUUACGAAAAAUAUAAUUAUUAAAUAUUCGUGCGCUCUGUAGUUUUCGUUGUCCAGGUGUAAAUACUGUUCGAAGACGUUGUCUAGGUGUACAGGGUGGCCGAUGACGAGGUCUAGGUGGUGCGCUCCAUAGUUUUCGGUGUCCAGGUGUGAAUAAUGAUCGAAGAUGGUGUCUAGGUGUACAGAGUAGCCGACGACGAGGUCUAGCUGGUGCGCUCCGUUGUUUUCGGAGUAAAUACAAGACUGUAACAGGGUCUAAGUGUUCAGGGUGGCUGAUCACGAGGUUCAGGUUAUGAGUUCCAUUUUUUUUUUUUUUGUUCUAGUAUAAAAACAAGUCAAGGUAAAAAUUCGAGAAUGUUGACAUUUGAAUACUAAACUAUACAAACCCACUUAUACUUGCCAACAUUUCACUUUUUUUGAAAGGUUAAUUUUUAGAUAGAAAAUAUACUUUCACAAAAGUAAAUAAAAGUUUGAUGUUUUUUUAAAUUUUAUCCCAACCCUGGCUUGACUUCUUAAUUCAUGUAGAUUGUUCAUUUAAGUCGUUUCAAAAUAAAAUAAAUAAAUAUUUGAUGGAUUCGAAUGGAUUUAUUUAAGUGAGAUCGUUCACAUUUUUUUGUAACGUUAGAGAUAUUUACUAUUGGAGAUAUACAAAAUAUUAAACUGAAGUUUUUAAAAUCUCAGUAGUUUACAAUUAGCAGAAUACAGUACUAGAACUCGGAUUUAGGAAAAUAAAUUUUAAUAAAUUUAUUAAUUGGAAUAAAUACAACUUAUUUAAUAUAAAUAUUAUAUUAGAAUACAAAAUAGUAUAUUAUGGAAAUAAGGGGGUUGGGGCAGGGAUUCUUGGCUAGGGUGACGAAUGUAUUACUCUUCCUGCUGUUUCAUAAUAGAUUGUUUAUUACGUUACUGAGUUUUACUAUUUACUAAGUUUUCCAAAAUUCCUCAAUAUCCCGAUUUUCCUAAAUAUUCCGAAUACCUUUAAGAGUGCUCUACAAUCUUAAACCACCAAUGAGAACACAAGAUUUGUCUCGACAAAUUACGGCUUUAUUUAAUAACAAAUUAUAAAUCCGUAAUUUGUCGAGAAAAAUCUCGUGUUCUCAUUGGUCGUUCAGGAUUGCAGAGCACUCUUAAUCUUAAAUGUAAGAAAAUAGCAUUCUCCUAUAUAAAAAUGUUUUCAGCAAUCUUACUUUAACUCGAUAUGGAUGGAUUACGAUGUUUUCUAUGCCAAUAUCAAUUAAUUCCUGGAGGAUUAAAAGAUUUUACACAACAUUUUACUAUGUAUCAUAGUAUUAAUGUUACCAAAGGAAUACCUGAUACUGGAUUCAUAUGUGGGCAAAAUGGUUGUCAGAGCAAUUUUGUUCAUUUUCGUAACUUAAGACGUCACAUAUUAAAUAACCACUUGGCUGAAGCAAAUUUGGCAACAGCUGCUGCCGAUGACGAAGUCAAUGCAGUUGAAAUGAAUGAAAAUAUGGAAUAUGACAAUAACGAUAUAUUAGAGCAUCAUGAAAUGGAAGCUGAAGCAUUCAAUAAUAUGGCUAGGGAUAUUGUAAAUGCCCCUUUAGAUUUGCGAUCUUACAUUGUUAAAAUGAUUUGUAAAUUGCAUAAUGAUAGCUCUAUGAUAGGAUCUGCUAUAACGAGAUUUCUAAACCAUAGUGAAAAUUUGCUUUCAAUCUACUCAAAUUCAUUAAAAGAUGAAAUAAAUGCUCAACUGGUUCAACAUCUAGUAAAUAAGGAAAUUAUUAGAGACGUUAAUAAGGUUUUUGAUAACGAAAAUCCAUUUCUAGAUUUAAAAACAUUUGAACAGCAAAUGAAGGCACUGAAUGAAAAUAGUGACUACAUUGAUCCAAUCGAAAUUCCUUUGGGUCGACGUGUGGAUUCCAGAUUAAAUAAAACAACUCUAUCGUAUGUAUCAAAAGAGGUCGUAGAAUCUUAUUAAUAUGUUCCUGUAAUAAAGGUUUUAAAAAUGGUUUUAAGCAAUCAAGAAGUUAGGUUAAUUAUCGAUAAUGAGCAGCCAUCUUCUGAUGGUAGUUUGGAGUCAUUUAUAGACGGGGAUCAUUUUAAGAAUCAUGUUUUCUUUCAAAAGUACAAAAAAGCUUUAAGAUUAAAAUUAUAUUACGAUGAGAAAGAACUUGUUGGUCCCUUAGAUUCUAAAACGGGUGUUCAUAAGGUUGGAGUAUUUUACUACCAAAUUUCAAAUUUACCUGCUCAUAUGAAUUCUGCGUUAAACAGUAUUCAUGUUUUGAUAGUAGCUCAUCACGUUGAUGUCCAAAAGUAUGGCUUCGAGAAAAUUCUUUCUCCUUUUAUGAAAGAGUUAGCCCAAUUAGAAAGUGAUGCGGGAAUAACUUUGAAGUUUGGAGAUGAAAAUUUUAUUCUUCGAGCUUCCAUUGAAAGUUUUUGUGGAGAUGCACUAGCCCUUCAUGACGUUUUCAACUAAUUGAGUCCUUCAGCAAAUUUAUUUUGUUCAUUGUGUUUGUAUAAUCGACAAAAUCUACACAAUUGUUCUUUUGAAAAAUCUCAAGUUCGUACUAAAAAUGUAUAUGAUCAGCAUUUGGAAUUACUGAAAAGUACAAAUUUCUCUGAUGCUUCAAAGACAGCAACGGGCAUGAAAGGUGACUGCUGCUUGAAUAAAUCUUUAUAUUUCCAUAUUACAAACAACAAAGUAUUUGACAUUAUGCAUGACUUUUUAUGCGGUAUAUGUCCAAUGAUUUGUAAAUUAGUUCUCCAUGAAUAUGUAUGUGUCCAAAAACGAUUUGAUAUUCCUUUUUUAAAUAAUCGCAUACAUUUGUUUAAUUAUGGUUAUCUUGAAGUUAAAAAUAAACCUUCAGCAAAUUUCACCGAAGAUAUACUCAAGAGAAAGGAUCAUACACUUAAACAGAAAGCUAUGCAAAUAUGGUUGUUGACUAGAGCUUUGCCAUUUCUACUCGCAGGAAAGAUUGAAGAAGGAGAUGAACACAUGUAUCUAAUAAUUCUGUUACUUCGAAUAAUGGAAAUUAUUUUUUCACCAAAAUUACAAAAACCUUUGCUUUCUCUUUAUGAUAAUCUACUUCAGGAAUUCGUAGAAUGCUUUAAAAAUUUAUUUCCAAAUGUUAAUAUCAUCAACAAAUUUCAUCACGCAAUGCAUUAUUCUGAAUGUGUUCUUUGGUCUGGACCUCUUGUUCACUUUUACUGCAUGAGGUUUGAAGGAAAACAUAACGAAUUGGCCAAGCGAGCUCAAGCUGUAAAUAAUUUUAAAAACAUACCAAAAACUAUAAUUCGAGUAUCACAAUGUAUUCAAUGUGAAAAGUGGAGUUCAGGAAAUGUUAAAAUAAACCAUCAUGAAGUAGUAACUGGUAAAACAAAAUUUGUUUGCAGUACAUUAAGUAGACAGUAUCUUCUUCGACUUGGUUUUGAAGGUAAUAAUUCUGUAUGUGUAACAAAAUCGGUUUUAGUCAAUGGUGUUGAAUUUCGACCAAAGUUAUUUGUUAUUUUGGAAAAAGCUUCAUCAAGGAACGAUAGCUUACAUCUUUUCGGGAGAAUAGAAGAAAUCAUUGUAACAGAGGAUAACAAAAUUUUUCUGUUAAUUAUAGAAUGUCAUACUGUAUUGUAUGAUACAGAUUUGUUAGCAUGGGGUUUCUGUAUAGGUCGUAAUGAUAGCCCGACAAGAUUUUUACAAGUAAAAGAUUUGCCAUAUUAUAAACCUGUUUGUUAUUGGUCCAAACCCAAUAGUAAUCCAGCUCAUGAUGCUCUUUAUUAUAUUAGUUUACGUCAUAUAAUCAUAUAAAUGCAAAAGCAUUGGUGAAGGUAUUAGUGGUAAAACUUUUUUGGGUUUAACUCAAGCUGAUCUAAAAGAAAUGUCAAUAAGAAUGGGCCCUUGUAAAGAACUCUUACAAGUAAUCAAAAUGUACAAGGAUGAAUCCAAUUUAUUGCAGCCGGAUAUCAUGGAAAUGUUUACUUUAGACGUAGAUGGAAAUACAUUAAUACCUUUAAAUAAAGAAACUGAUAAACAGGAAAAUUUAGAAAAUCAUGGUAAUGGCAAGAGAACGCUUGAUGAAACUAUCCAAUUAUCAACAAUAGAUAAUAAUACAGAAUGUAGCUCCGUUGGCAUUAAAAGAAGAAAAUUAGCAAGUAUCCCUUGUUCAUCAACAUUUUUAGAAAGCGCUGCUGAUAAAGAAAAUCACGAAAAAAAUAACUCAGAGGAAAAAACUACUAAAUCCAGCAGUGGUUCUCAAAAAUUUACAUCGGCCAAGCCACAUGAAUUUAUGCGCACUCCUACACUUCAAAAAGUGUUAUUAAAUCAUGAACAAGGAAAAAAUUUGGUAAAAAAAUCUUUUUUUACGCCAUCGGAAAGACGACUUUUUGUACGAGUUUUAGUUGCAGAACUGAUAGCAACGCAAGGGAAUUAUCCACGUACUGAAGGUAUGAUUGCACUUGCUCAACGCAUAAUUGAAGAAUUUCCAUUUUUAAAAGAUGAUACUCAAGAGCUUGGCUAUGAACAUUUUUGUGAUCCACGAACAAGAUAUGGCUUUAUUCCCUUUAGAGUUGCUGAAGUACAAAAGAAACUUAAAGCUGAAGACAAAAAAUAUGUCUUGAAAAAAAAGAGUAAAGUUUUAACAACUGAAACGUCCAGCAACAUUGCUAUGUUAUCUCCAGAAGAAUUGGCUGAAAAGAUAUCAUACAUGGAGCACAAAUAUCCCUCUCCUGAGCAUAAGGAAUCGAUUACAGCUACCUUAAAAGAAACCUUUUUCAACAGAAGGAAUUGGAUAUUGGGUGAAAGCCCGACUAUAGCCGAAGUAUUGCAAAAAUAUCCUCGCCUGCAAGAUUACAAUGGCGAUAUGAUAAUAGCUGAAUUCGAACUCAUAUUUCCAGAAAAAUGUGAUGAUUUCUUGUCUAAAUUUGGCCCAUAUUACGUUCCACGUAUUUUUGAAUAUACAAGAAUAUGCAAUUAUGAUUUAUGGAAAAAACAUAAGGCUAUAACUGACGAUGUUUUAAAAGCUUUACUUCUGUUGAUAACAUUAUUGCCAGUAAGCAAUGCUGUCAAAAAUAAAUCAAAGAAAAAAGUUGAUAAGCCAAUGGAUAGUUCCCAGAAAAAGAAAGUUAAAAUGAUCGAGCCCUAUCGAUUCAUGAUCGAAAACAUAAAUGCUGGAGCUAAUGUUCAAGAAUUCGUAAAAUCGAAACGAUCUGAAUGCACAUCGACCAUUCAACCGUACAUCAUUCAAGUUGAUGACGAGACACCCCACUUUUAUGUUAUUGCUGACAAUGCUAUACUUACAUGUAAUAAUCGAAACGAUUUUACUGCGCCCUUUGAUUUGAUGUUUAAAAUUUAUUUCAUAUUUAAUAUUCAGUAUCCAGUGUCUUUACAAAAUGUCUAUACGUUUAUAGAGUCGUACGUAUAUCGCUUAACAGAAAAAAAGUCAAUUUCUAUUGUGGCAUCAUUAUAUGUCAAUUUAAAAAAUAUGAAUUUGACUCACGAUAGCAAUAGUUCCGAUAGUGACGAAUAAAAUUGCUAUUUCUUACGGAUAUUCAUUUUUUAUUACUCCAUCAGAAUUUGUAAAAAUCAUUAAAUAAAUUGAUUAUGAAUU